CAAACUGUAUGAUUCCCAAACCCUCGUAAAUAACAAACUACUCCUUAGCAAUUUUGGAAGAGAAUUUCGCUAGGGUUUAAUAUCCCCCAUUUCUAGGCUAUCUUCUUCUCCAUUUCCUGCACAGGACACCUGAACCCCUGCUCCUUCUCUCUCGAAUCCAUCCCCGUAUCGAAACCAGCCAAUCCGAAUCUUCAUCGAAUCCCCUUUCUUCGAAGCUAUUACUUUCCUCUAUCAUGGAUAUUGAAGAGGAGAUUAAGGCUCUCCAACUUGACUCCUCUGCAGAAGAUAUUGUUACUGGUAAUGCUAAUGGCGAAGAAGAUGCUAAGCCAAACGAUGUUGUUAAACCUGAUGAAAAAGAUGAAGGUUUGAAAGAUGUGGCAAAUGCAAAUGCUCCCCCCCCAGCUGGUGUUGAGCUGAAAGGCACCUCAGCAGUGAAAGAAAAAGAAACGCCUGCACCUGAAGUUGUUGAAGAUGAGGUGGAAGAGAGCACAAAGCGACAUUUGAAUGUUGUGUUUAUUGGUCAUGUUGAUGCUGGCAAGUCAACUACAGGGGGACAGAUAUUGUUUUUAAGCGGUCAAGUUGAUGAUCGAACUAUUCAGAAAUAUGAAAAAGAGGCAAAGGACAAAAGCAGAGAGAGUUGGUAUAUGGCUUAUAUUAUGGAUACAAAUGAAGAAGAGAGGGUCAAGGGAAAAACAGUUGAGGUUGGACGUGCACAUUUUGAAACAGCGACGACUAGAUUUACGAUUCUGGAUGCUCCGGGUCAUAAAAGUUAUGUCCCCAACAUGAUUAGUGGAGCAUCUCAAGCUGAUAUAGGAGUGCUGGUAAUAUCUGCUCGAAAGGGUGAAUUUGAAACUGGAUAUGAGAAAGGUGGACAGACGCGCGAACAUGUCCAGCUUGCAAAGACUCUUGGAGUCUCUAAGCUACUUGUUGUUGUAAAUAAAAUGGAUGAGCCUACUGUUAACUGGUCAAAAGAAAGAUAUGAUGAGAUUGAGACAAAAAUGCUUCCUUUCCUGAGAUCUUCAGGUUAUAAUGUCAAGAAAGAUGUACAGUUUCUCCCGAUUUCCGGGCUUGUGGGUUCAAAUAUGAAGACAAGAAUAGACAAAAGUAUAUGCCCUUGGUGGAAUGGCCCUUGCCUUUUUGAAGCUCUUGAUGCUGUUGAAAUUCCUGCACGCGAUCCCAAAGGUCCAUUUAGAAUGCCUAUUAUUGACAAAUUCAAAGACAUGGGAACGGUGGUAAUGGGCAAAGUUGAAUCUGGUAGCAUCCGUGAAGGGGAUAAUUUGUUGGUCAUGCCAAACAAGGCUCAGGUGAAAGUUGUUGCCAUCUUCUGUGAUGAAGAUAAAGCUAGGCGUGCUGGACCUGGUGAAAAUUUGCGGGUGAGGAUAUCAGGGGUUGAGGAAGAGGAAGUGUUAGCAGGGUUUGUUUUGAGCAGCGUUGCCAAGCCAAUACCUGCUGUAUCUGAGUUUGUCGCGCAGCUACAGAUUUUGGAAUUGCUGGAUAAUGCUAUUUUUACUGCUGGUUACAAGGCUGUAUUGCAUAUUCAUGCUAUUGUUGAGGAAUGUGAAAUUGUUGAACUAAUGCAGCAGAUUGACCCGAAGACAAAAAAGCUAAUGAAGAAGAAACCUCUUUUUGUAAAGAAUGGUGCUGUUGUCGUUUGUCGUAUCCAGGUGAAUAAUUUGAUGUGUGUUGAGAAAUUCUCUGAUUUUCCACAGCUUGGACGCUUCACUCUUCGAACUGAAGGGAAAACUGUUGCUGUGGGAAAAGUUACUAGCCUUCCAUCCAUAGGUGAUCGUGCUUAAAACAAUUUUGACAUGAGGCUUGGCUUCGAGUGUAAAAUUUGAACAUACUAGUGCGGCAGCAGAAUGAGGUUUUUACCUAUUAUGGUAUCGGUUGCAGAUGUGGAAGAAGGUUCAUUCGAUGGCUCGUGAAUCGUGAGACUUGUUAUUUUAGUCUGGAAUCUGAAUAGAUUUUCGACUCUUGUGGAUGCUCCCGUCUACAAUGGUUGGUUGGUUAUUGCAUUCAGCUGUCAUUGGGGUAUUUAUGUGAAACAUAGAAGAGUUUUGUAUCUGUAUUUGAAGUAAACCUGCAUUUACUCAUAUCGAUUGGUUUUGAUAGUAGGUUAUACCGAGUAGCAUGCUUUUAUAUCAUGGUCAGUUUUUUGACCAAAUAUUUUUCUGUUCACGAGAUUAAAGUUUAUAUUUAACACAGUCAGAGUUAUAUGUAUUUCCUUCCUUCCU